AUGGGAUUGUGCUUGUCACGCGAUAAUAAAUCAAAAGUGAAGAAGAGGCCGCCGUCAAAACGGAUAACGAACCACUCGGCAGCAGCGGCUGGUGGCCGAGGAGGUGGAGGUGGAGGCGGGAGCACGAGGAUUCGGUCUUCGAGGAAAGAGGAGAACCUAAUUCAUGAGCAAGCGUUGGCCGCGGCGAUACUUUUUCAGCAGGAGUUGCACAAUGGCGGCGCUUCUACAUUUGAUCGGUCGACUUCCUUGAGGUAUCCAAGUGGGAACUCUAAGAGGAAUCAGGCGUUGAAUCGGUGCUCAAGCUCUCGGACUCGGUCCCUCACCGAUCCUCUGCUUCAACCUCACCAACUCAUCAAUCAGGAUAUCAAGCUUGAUAAUAUAGAGACCAACCAUUUUGUCCUUGUCCAUGGUGGUGGUUUUGGUGCCUGGUGCUGGUAUAAAACAAUUGCUUUGUUAGAAGAAGGUGGAUAUAAAGUUACUGCAAUAGAUUUGACUGGUUCUGGGAUUCAUUCAUUUGAUACAAAUAGCAUUACAAGCCUUUCCCAAUAUGUGGAGCCACUUAUUGAUUUCUUCAAAAAGCUUGCUGAUGGGGAAAAGGCGAUUUUAGUAGGACAUGAUUUUGGUGGAGCAUGUAUAUCAUAUGCAAUGGAGUUGUUUCCAUCUAAAGUUUCCAAAGCUGUUUUUAUUGCUGCUGCUAUGUUGACUAGUGGGCAAAGCACCCUUGAGAUGUUCUCUGAAAAGGUGGAUUCAAACGAUUUAAUGCGACAGGCUCAGAUAUUUCAUUAUGCUAAUGGGAACAAUCAGCCUCCAACUUCUAUUGACUUCGACAAAUCUCUCUUAAAGGAAUUAUUAUUCAACCGAAGUCCUGCCAAGGAUGUUGCAUUAGCUUCAGUAUCGAUGAGGCCAAUCCCUUUUUCACCAGUUUUGGAGAAGCUCUCUCUUUCUGAGACGAAAUAUGGCUCCGUGAGACGUUUUUAUAUUGAAACUCCAGAAGACAAUGCUAUACCUAUUGCUGUACAGGAAAGUAUGAUAUACAAAAGUCCCCCAGAGAGUGUAUUCCAUCUUAAAGGUGCUGAUCACUCCCCUUUUUUCUCAAAACCUCAAGCAUUGAAUAAACUUCUGGUGGAAAUCUCAAAGAUCCCAUGA